AUGACAAUUUUUAACAGCCAAGACCACUUGAACGAUAAUUCAAGAUCUUCGAAAUUCUGGCCUAUCUCAGAUAAAAGACCUCUUAGACUAGAUGAAGAUUUGGAAUCCCAAUAUAAUGAACAUUUAUCAAGAACCACCAGUGAAAAACCUGGCCAUGAUUACUUAGAUUAGCAGAAGUAAAAAGUAAGACAAUAUCUUGCAAAGAGGGCAAAGGAGAUUCAUGAUAUUGAUGAGAAAAUGCCAGAGCGAAAAAUCUCCUAAACUAAAGAAUCUCAUGAAAAUGACUAUAAAAAUCCAAAAUUCUAGGAAGCUCAUCUUAUAGACUAGAAUUAAUAAGAUAAGUAUAGGCCUGGAGAUUAAGAUAAGGAGAACGAGCAAACUAAAGAAAAAGAGCGAGAGAGAUAAUAUAUUGAAGAUAGGAGAGAGAAGUGA